AUGAAGAUUGUCUGCCUGAUCUGGAUCGUAACGUUGGUUGUCUCUGGAAGUGUCGUACGUCAAACGGGGGAAAGGCAAGGAAAUACGAACAUUUAUGAAACGACAGAAGCACCGGAUGACUUCCGUGAUUCACAUUACUGGAGAGUUUGGUUUGAUCCGGUGUUAUCAGUCAUGAAUGGUGUCUUCCUAACAAAUGAUAACGGGACAGAAAUCCCGCGAAAGAAUCCAGUGGCAGCUUAUGUGUGAAAAAUGAUGACUGGUAGGUGAUCACAAAGUUCACUGACUUCAGUGAAAUUUAUGCAUGAACAUUGCUCAUUA